GCAGGAUCCUUUUAGACUCAAAAUAUUCCUGAAAUGAACAACAAGCUUUGUGAUGGUGCCUGGCACACAAUUAAAGCUGAGAAGAUAAAGAAUGUUGUGAUACUGACUGUAGACAACAAAGAACCUAUCCCUGAAAACAGUGCUGGUACAGCCACUUCAGCUGAUACAAACAAUCCCAUAUAUCUUGGUGGAAAACCAGAUGACAUCACAAAGGGCGUAAGAGCAAAGGGAGACUACAAAGGUUGUAUGCGAAAUCUCUUGAUCAACGGGAAAUAUCAAUAUCUCAGUACUGGAAUUGCCUUCAAGGACGUCAGUCUAGAAUCAUGCCCAGUAAACUAAAAAACGAGACAAACACAAAUGCUCAGUUCAGCGGACAAUGAAUAAAUUAGAAAUGGUUUCUCUGUUUUUACAUAGGAACCAGUGAUAUAAUGCUCACUUUUAAUUUGUAAUUUUGCUUUUUAAACUUACUUAUCCUAUAGGUGCAAUUUUGUACUAGAUGCAUAACAUCUAAUUAUCAUGUCAAACAACAGGAAUGACAAAUUAUUUGCAUUAGCACUGUAAACACACUUUUAUGAUUUAUGUUAGCAACUACCUCUGUUGAAUUUCUUAUCUAGUCAUUUUUUUUUAGAAAUAAUAGCGAUAUUUAGUAUGGUACUGUUUUCACCAGGCCAUUUUACACUAGAGUAUUAAAUAAAAUGAGAAAUGUAAAGAGAGUGAAACAUAAUUUUGACCAUACUGAGAGAAGUGCAAUAACUAUGUAAAAAAGUGUGGCGAUAACUGUCUAAAGAUUGGUUAAAUUUGUUGUAGCAAUGACAUUGUUUUUGCAAAUACAAAUGUAAUUCAAUGUCUUGGGAUGAUGUUUUUAUUUUCAUUUGUUUCGCCUUUUUUAUAUGACAAUGAAUAAAACCAUUAAAGCUUCUCAUUUGUAGUUUGGGUGAAAAAAAAAAUUAUUAUUUUUUAUCAUUAUCUUGGUUUGGAGUUGAUAUAAAAUGUAUAUCUCAAAUUGAUGAGUAAAAAUUUGAUACCAAAUACCUAUGAAAACCUAUGCAGAUUUUUUUUUUCAUCUUUUCCCCUUUUUAGAUGCUCAUCUCUAAUCAGGACAUUAUUUUUUUGAUUUUGCAAGAGUUAAUACAUGUACUAAGUUCCUGAUUACAAAAAUCAGUUUUAAAAAAUAUUGAAACAGCUCUGUCACAAAAAGAAAAAAAGAAAAUAAAACAGUUUGUUUGCGAGUUGCUUUAAGGUUUCAUAUUGACAAAAGAAAAUUACAUGUAAAACAUGUGCUGGUACUCUAGUGAAUAAUACCUUGUGCUGAAAGCAUGUUGCUUUAGUCUUUAAUAGAUAUAAAUUAGGCCAGUAUUUUGAUAUUAAGUCAGUAGUCGGCUUUUAAUAUAAAGUUUGAUCACAUGAAAUCCAUAACUGUAGAGCAUAAUAGCUUUGGGUAAUUGAAAUAAAUUAUGUUUUGCUUGAAUAAACUAGAGGGUGGAUUUAGUUUUCAUUCAUUUUAUACCCUCCUCCCCAAGUUGCAUUUUAAUACAAAGCAAAAUUGAGAGAAAGGAAAAUCAGAAUUUAAGUUAUAAGAAAAGAGGAGUUACUACUGUGGAAAUGAAAAUGAUUAACAAAGACUAUCUUCAUUGAAAAUGAUGAAUUUUAUCAUAUUGUACGGGAUGACAGUAAAAUGUUUUAAGAGCUUUUAACUGAAAAAUUCUUUCCAAGAAUUUAUUAGGAUUCUUUUUUGAAUGCCUAUCUUAACAUAUUUUUUAUGCAGAGUGGGAUUGGGUCUGGGAUGAGGGGCAUGGGAUGGUGAAGGGAGGAAGCACACAUUUUAAUGUACAUCUAAGUUGUAAAAGUGUUUAAAAUGUAUUCUGCAAUCCAUGAGGACUUUUACAUUUAAUUGUAAAAAGCAAGCAUGUUUUAGAUGAACUCUUUUAUAUUUUGGGUGGGUAGGGUUGGUCUUGGGAAUAUUUUAACAAUAUGGAAUGCCUUUUUUAAGCUAGAACCUUUGGAACUCCAGAUUACCUUGCUGGCAGUAAAACAAAUUUCACACUUUAUUGUUGAUAUUUUAACUGUUACCAUGGUAAUCUUCACCUGCUGAUAUUUUCUUUGUUUUCUUGUUCAUAUACAUUCUGUACAAUAUACGUUAUUUUCUAAAAGUAAUCCAGAAUAAGCUGUUAAUUUUACAGUGUAGACUGUUAAUGAUUUAAUUAUUUUUAUGUUCAAGAGUUACUUACAUGAAUUUUAUGGCUUACUAGUAGAUAACAUACAUGUUUGAUGAAAGGAACCUAUUUCAUAAAACUGAUAAAUUGUAUUCAUAUAUUAUUUCUGUCAAACUAAAUUUGUAGAAUUUAAUAUGAGGAAAUUACAGUGAGUAAAUUAUUUUUGAAUCCAAGAUUACCAAGAUUAUGUAGACAAUCUCAGCAGGGUGCUUUAAUUAAAGGAAGAUUAUGCAUUUCAUAUUGAAGAAACUUUAUUAGUGUUAAUGAUAAAACAAUAGCUCCAUUUACAGUUAACACUCAAAAUAAGUAUUCUCUUACAUGUAUCAUUGUUUUUUAACAUAUGUUUGCAUAUAAUGUGCACUUACAUUGAACUUUUGGAAACAUUUUUAUUCUACCUUAAUAACCAUUUGUUAUGUGAUAUAUUGUAAUAAACACCUGCAAUUUUAUAAAUGUUUAUUAUGAAGUACAGACUGUAUUAAAAUGAAAAAAACAAAAUAAAUUUCAAAGCGAAUAAAA